GACAGAUUGUACCCGCAAUAUGAGUGUAAGAGCGUAACUUACAGGUCACAGUAACAGUACCAGACAGUAAGUGACCAUACCAAAACGAUGCUGCCUAAGGGGAGCGAGUACUUCUCUUCCCUCCGCCCUCUGCUUCUUCUCCUCUGCUCUCUCUCACACUCUCUCGUUCUCCAUCAAAUCUCUCGUCUCUCCACUUCGCACCGUCGUUUUCUUAUCUAACCCAAUUUCAAUCUGGCAUUAAACUUUCUAAGCCUCAAGUCAUCACCCCACUGCACAUGUCAGUCUGAAUCAGCGUGCCUGGUGGAGCGUAUGUUUACCGCUGAGUAUAAUGCAUCUGCCACAACAGCCACCAUGAGAUAAGAAUGAUUAAUGAGACACCAAACCGCAGUCGCAAGAGCGGCGCCACUCCGCUGGCACGCGAUCCAAUUCAAAGGGCCGACGACCAAGCAUGGUGUCUCUCCAUGGGUAUGACUUUCGAAUGAUUCCAGUAUGAUGGAAGCCGCACAGCCACGUUCAUCAGCCACAUCGGCGAGCCCUCGUGGAGUUGCGCCACAGUCAGGGGGGGGCAACGUCACAUCGAGGGCGAUGAAGCAACUACUAGCAGGCUAGUAGCUACCCAGCUUCAGAAAGCAAAAGCGAAAAAAAGCAUAAUUUACCGAUUCUUCCCAUUGGUGCUCAUGACGCAAAUUAAUACCUCUGAUGUGCACGACACGUUCUGGACUGCUUUCGGACUGGACAAAUGAGGCGCAGCCGACCGCCAAUUCGCCUUCGCUGGAAACUUGGCGGCAAAAAUCUCGACCCAGCUCCCCCUACUCUGUACUGUGUAGGUUCUGGCUUCCUUGCCAGCCAGUCAGAGUGUCUCAUGCGCUAUGUCAUGUAUGCUGAUCGGCUCUCCACCGCGCGAUUGGCGGCGUUGGAGCUCUCUCGCCGCCGUCGCUUCGUUACGCGCCCCGGUUUCUGUAUACGACCAUCAUCCCGUGCCUUAGUCGGCGCCUAACCGAUUGUUGAUGCUUCCACUCAGAGCUCGAGAUCAAGAUGCGAGAAUGAACAGCGGCGGAAGGGAGGAAAGCCCCCGCUCUAUUUGUUGGGUUAAAGGAGGGUGAGAAAAAAAAGAGGAUCUCGACCCUCACCCCCUUUUGACUUCUCGGGAGAUUGUCUAAGGAGGCUGUGCAGAGGGGAAGACGUCCCGGACAUGUUACCCAAGUCUUUUGGACCACUCAUGUUGGCGCUUAAGUCACUCGCCUCUCUUGUUUCGUCUUCCCCCCUCUUCCACUAGAGACAAUGCAGAAGAGAGACCCUGCAGAGUGACUCCGACUUUCCUUUCGUGUCCGUAUCCUCUCACUGGAACACUUGGCAACUACCCGUUUUCGCCUGAACAGCACCGAGGAAGGGAAAGGCGCAAUCGAAUAAGGAUCCUGGACCCGCAAAUAUUUAUUAUUCUGGUUUAAAUUAUAUUUUGGAAAUAAACGUAAAAAAGGAGGGUUCAGAAAUAACCUUUCGACAUACUAAUCUCUUAUGCAAACGUUACUGGAGACUAUCUGAUUAGGCAGCCUAGGCAAUUUACACAGCCUCAGGGAAAGCAGCUAAAUAAAAGAACUCGCACAUGCCCUUAAUUUUGAGGGAUUUCUGAUGCAUACCUCCUGUUAAUGUCAAGUCCACCUUGCAAUCUUUGCUUUUCAUCAAAUCACAUUGUCCGUCGGUCGCAUGAUGCCGACCCCAGACGAUUCUCGUCAGGAAGGGUUUCUGAAUCCUUUUGCAGGGAUCUCUGCCACAGAGGUAUGUAAACCUGUGUCAGACCUGGUCCUUGUCCUCUGAUGGGAACUGGUCCGAUAUCCAUGAUACUCAUAUACUCUCCACCAGUCUUCCUCCCCCGAUUCAUGGCACACCGAUAUCUCACCUAUACAGCCAUCGCCGCCAGCAGAUAUGGCUGCUACCCUAGAUACUAACCGGUUAACCGUCCAACAUGGUCCACCUCGCACGUCACACUCGUUAGAUGGCGAGACGCUCCGCUCACGGGCAGACUCAACCAUCUCAAGCGCUGAUACCGCUGUCCGGUCAAGGGCCAACUCGGCCGCCACCACGGCCGUAUCCAGCAACACAGCAUACGACGAUGUCUCGGUGGCCGACGCCCUGAACCCGGACCCCCGGAAUGAGAAGGACUUUGAAGUGGAGAACAACAAAUUCGCCUUCUCGCCUGGCCAGCUCAAUAAGAUGCAGAAUCCAAAGUCUCUCGCUGCCUUCCAGGCCCUCGGUGGUCUGCGGGGUCUCGAACGAGGCCUGCGGACCGAUCUCACGUCGGGUCUAUCGAUAGACGAGUCCUAUCUGGAAGGUUCGGUCACUUUUGAUGAGGCGACAUCACUAGACAAGUCUCCUGUGAAGCAACAACCUACUCAACCCCUCGAGACAUCAACGGCAGGUGCCGAGUCUCAGUUCGUCGACCGACUGCGCGUCUACAGUCAGAAUCGGCUUCCCGCUCGAAAGUCCACCGGCUUCCUGAAGCUGCUAUGGAUGGCUUAUAAUGACAAGAUCAUCAUUUUGCUGACCAUUGCCGCCAUCGUCUCGCUCUCGCUGGGAAUCUACGAGACGACCAGCUCCGGCUCGGGCGUUGACUGGAUCGAAGGUGUUGCUAUCUGUGUGGCCAUCCUGAUCGUGACGGUUGUUACUGCUGCGAACGAUUGGCAAAAGGAACGGCAGUUUGCCAAACUCAACAAGCGAGUAAGUAUCCUUCUCCCGUCUGUUUGGGUCUUCCGUAUUUAACCUGCUAUAGAACAAUGACCGUGAGGUCAAGGCUGUCCGCUCCGGCAAAGUGGCCAUGAUCUCGAUCUUCGAUAUCACCGUCGGAGAUGUCCUUCACCUGGAGCCCGGUGACUCGAUUCCCGCAGACGGACUGCUCGUCUCGGGUCACGGCGUGAAAUGUGACGAGUCCUCUGCUACGGGAGAGUCGGACCAGAUGAAGAAGACCGAUGGCUACGAGGUCUGGCGGCAGAUCAACAACGGCACAGCCACCAAGAAGCUCGACCCUUUUAUGAUCUCCGGAAGCAAAGUGCUUGAAGGUGUGGGGACCUACGUGGUCACCAGUGUUGGGCCGUAUUCGACUUAUGGACGCAUUCUGCUGUCGCUGCAAGAAUCCAAUGAUCCUACCCCGUUGCAGGUCAAGCUGGGGAGGCUUGCUAAUUGGAUUGGAUGGUUGGGGUCGAGUGCCGCAAUUGUUCUUUUCUUCGCCUUGUUGAUUAGAUUCCUUGCCAACCUCUCGCAUGAUCCCGCCAGUCCUGCCGUCAAAGGAAAGGAGUUUGUCGAUAUUCUGAUCGUCGCUGUCACUGUGAUUGUGGUUGCAAUUCCUGAGGGCCUUCCGCUGGCGGUUACUCUCGCCCUCGCCUUUGCCACCACACGAAUGGUCAAGGAAAACAACCUCGUCCGCGUGCUACGUGCCUGUGAAACCAUGGGCAAUGCAACCGUGAUCUGCUCGGACAAGACCGGUACUCUGACACAGAACAAGAUGACUGUCGUUGCGGGAACCUUGGGACCUCGCAGCUUCAGUUCCGGCACUGAGGAGUCCAACACUGGCUCGGUGGCCGAGACGCUCAAGCAGUGCUCACCCAAGGCUCGUGAUCUGAUCGUCAAGAGCAUUGCCCUCAACUCUACCGCUUUCGAAGAGGACAAAAACGGUACCCGGGAAUUCAUCGGCAGCAAGACCGAGGUGGCCCUGCUGCAACUGGCUAGGGAUUAUCUCGGCAUGGAUGUCACCUCCGAGCGGGCCUCGGCGGAGAUCGUCCAGCUGAUCCCCUUUGACUCGGCCCGCAAGUGUAUGGGCGUUGUGUACCGGGAACCCACUGUGGGCUUUCGCCUUCUUGUGAAGGGAGCAGCGGAGAUAAUGGUCGGCGCUUGCUCAACCAAAGUGUCCGAGGUGGACGCAAAGGAUGGUAUCGCUGUUGACGGGUUCACCGAUGGCGACAGCCGGAAGAUGCUCGACACCAUCGAGUCGUAUGCCGGCCAGUCUCUGCGGACCAUUGGUCUUGUGUACCGGGACUUCCCAACCCUUCCCAGCUGGCCCCCCAAGGGGAUCCACAUGGAAGAUGACCCGGACUCGGCGAAGUUCGAAGAAAUCUUUCGGGAUAUGACUUGGCUUGGAGUGGUCGGCAUCCAGGACCCUCUCCGACCCGAGGUGCCAGCAGCCAUCAACAGAUGCAACUCGGCCGGUGUGCAGGUGAAGAUGGUUACCGGUGACAACAUGGCUACGGCCACGGCUAUCGCAUCGUCCUGCGGCAUCAAAACGGAGGACGGUAUUGCCAUGGAGGGGCCCAAAUUCCGACAGCUAUCGGACGAGGAGAUGAACGAGGUCAUUCCCCGACUUCAAGUCCUCGCUCGCUCCUCGCCCGAGGAUAAACGUAUCCUGGUGGCGCAGCUCAAGAAACUGGGCGAAACAGUCGCGGUGACGGGCGAUGGCACCAACGACGGCCCGGCGCUGCGGACGGCCGACGUGGGAUUCUCCAUGGGCAUUGCCGGGACGGAGGUGGCCAAGGAGGCCAGCUCCAUCAUCCUGCUCGACGACAACUUCAAGUCCAUCGUCACGGCGAUUGCCUGGGGCCGAGCUGUCAACGACGCCGUGUCCAAGUUCCUCCAGUUCCAGAUCACCGUCAACAUCACCGCGGUGGUGCUGACCUUCGUCUCCUCCCUCUAUAGCAGCGACAACCAGAGCGUUCUGAACGCGGUGCAGCUGCUGUGGGUGAACCUGAUCAUGGACACGUUUGCCGCGCUGGCGCUGGCCACCGACGCGCCGACCGAAAAGAUCCUCAACCGCAAGCCGGUGCCCAAGAGCGCCUCGCUGUUUACCGUCAUCAUGUGGAAGAUGAUCCUGGGCCAGGCCAUCUACCAGCUCGCGAUCACUUUCAUGCUCUACUUCGCCGGCGACCGCCUCCUUGGUGCACACCUCAGCGAGAGCAACGGACAGACGGAGCUCAACACGAUCGUGUUCAACACCUUCGUGUGGAUGCAGAUCUUCAACGAGUUCAAUAACCGCCGGCUUGACAACAAACUGAACAUCUUCGAGGGCAUGUUCCGCAACUACUGGUUCCUCGGCAUCAACUGCAUCAUGGUCGGCGGCCAGAUCAUGAUCGUCUACGUCGGCGGUGCUGCCUUUGGUGUCACCCAGCUCUCUGGCAUCCAAUGGGCCGUGUGCAUCAUCUGCGCUCUGGGCUGUCUGCCCUGGGCCGUGGUGCUGCGCCUGACCCCCGACCGACCCAUUGAACUCGCCCUCAACGCCAUCAUCCGCGCCGGCAAAAUCAUCCUGCACCCGGUCGCCGUGGCCCUGCGUGGAGUGGGUGCCAUGUGCAAGGCCGUCGCGCGGCCCGGGAAGCGAGUGUUCAAGAAGCCGGCCCAGGAUGAUACCCCUGUGCCGUCAGACGAGGAAGCCGUCAACUUGACGGAUAUGAAACAGCGACAAGCUACCCCCGAGGCGCCGAUGACGCCCGUCUCGGUGCCUCCUAUUACCAUUACGACUUCAUAGACGAUGCUAUUGAUUGAUACGACAGGGGUGAAGUUCACAUUCACUCCGAGAGACCUGUAUAUUAAUCGGGAACCUCCUAACGGGACUGGCGUUUGUUUUGUUUCAAUUGGUUUUUGGAAGCAUUUGCGAGGGAGUUGGUUGUGUUAGAGCAUUUGGAUUGUAUAGUAUUUUAGCGAUUCGGGAUCGUGCAUUGUAUUUUGGGUUGGGUUAUUGUGUAUGGAUGAAUUUCAAAUGUCUGCAUAAAGACACGGGUGCAUUAAAACUGGGAAUAAAUUAAUUAGAUUCAUCUUGAGGUUCUCAUAUCCAGUCUGUUCCUGUAGAAGCCUAGGAGUACAUACUACAUAGUCAGGGGUGCCUUAGAAGUUAGGCCACACCUCCGCACCGCCUCGUCCACCGCCACCGCGCAUUCCCCGUCAUCGUCUCCGCUGUGUCU